AUGUCCCCAAACACCAUGAAGCAAUGGAUCAUUGACCAACCCGACCAGAAUAUGGGAGGAAUGCACCUGACAGAAGUUUCUCUUCCUCCCGUUGGCAUCCACGACGUCUUGGUGAAGUUUGAAGCCGCGGCCCUGAAUUAUCGUGACUGUGCUAUAGCUAAAGGAACCUUCCCUUUUGCUCACAAGUAUCCGAUUAUCCCUGUGUCAGAUGGUGCUGGUGUGGUUGUCGAGACUGGGUCUCACGUGAAGGAAUUCAAAAAGGGUGACAGUGUUAUCACUGUUUUCAAUCAGGGGCAUCAGCAUGGUGACAUCACUCCUUACGCAGCAUCUACCGGUGUUGGUGGAACAAUCGAUGGCUGCUUCCGUCAGUUUGGUGUUUUCGACGAAACAGGAUUGCUGGAACGGAACGCCUUGUAUGGUUUGAAGCCGAUCAAGGCUGGACAGUAUGUGCUUGUGCAAGGAACAGGCGGCGUCAGUGUCUCUGCAUUGCAGUUGGCCAAAGCUGCCGGUGCCAAGGUUAUCGCGACAACGUCCUCGGAUGAAAAGAGCAAAAAGCUACAGGAACUAGGUGCUGAUCACGUUGUCAACUAUCGAACCACCCCGAAUUGGGGUGAGGUUGCCCGGCAGCUCACUCCCGACCAAGCCGGAGUUGAUUAUAUCAUGGAUAUUGGAGGCACCGACACGCUUGAACAGAGUUUGAAAUGCAUUAAGAUGGACGGAAUCAUAACCUUGAUUGGGUUCCUUGGCGCGAGUGACCAAGCUCAGCCUGGGCUCUUGGAAGCCUUGAGCCAUAUUUGCACCGUACGUGGUGUUUAUGUUGGAAGUCGCGCAAUGUUGAAGGAUAUGGUUCAAGCGUUUGAGGUGAAUAACAUCCGUCCCGUUCUGGACUCGAAUGUUUUCAAACUUGAACAAGGCAAAGAAGCUUUUGAAUACUUGGCUGCCCAGAGACACAUCGGCAAGGUGGUCGUUCAGAUUGAUUAAAUGGAUUCACGCUCGAAUAAACUUCAUCGUGGAGAACUCGG